AUGGCUGUCAAUGCUAUCCAGGAAGAUGAAUCCAUGUCAUUGCGUGCGAUUGUGAGGAAAAUCCGGACAAAACUGCAAAAAGCGAAACGUCGCGCCUGGACUAUGAAUCCAGCGCUACAACUGGUCCAAAUUUUUUGCACGGACAUUGACAUCAACAAGAGAGGCUUCAGUGUCGCCCAUAACCUUGUCGGACAUCACUUUGGGCAUCUGGACCAACGACUUUCCGGCGAUGGUAGGGGCGGCGUUGGAGCAAAAGCCUACACCACUACGGCAGCUUCAGCGUUCGGGUCUACCCUUGCGGUUGCCCCAGUCAGCGCAAAGUAUGAGCCUCUUCUCUAUUUAGCAUUGGUGGCUUGGGAGGAAGCAAUGUUGAAACGAAAUCAUGAAGUAACCAACAUGUUCCCUUUGGUGGACGAACGGGGUCAGGCAUUGACUGUGAGAGAAGCCUUCGUCAGGUGCUCGAAUGUGUUCACUCCGAGGGCUAAUAUUGCAAAUCUUGAUGCUCAAAAGAUGAAUGGGGACAUCCUGGAAGUUUUGGUUCAUGCUUCAGUGACCUUGGCGUCUAUGAAGAUGGGAAGUGGCGACAAAGACUACCUUCCUGGUGUACCAUUGCUGGAGUUCCUUCCUCUAGUUCGUCGACUCAUGCUACCAGGACAUCUAAGGGAGUUGCCCAAAAAGGGUGACUUUUUCGACUCGAUCAAAUUUGAUUGGCCUUUGGUUCCUGGUCUGGGUGGCUCUGAUUCUUCGCUACCGGUAGAAAUUGCAGCGGGCACAGGUUCCGUUCUGGGAUUCCUGUCGAGACCCGAAGACCAAGCCAAAGUAGAUGGCUACAUUUCAAAUAUGCUACCAUCAGGGAAGACGACGCAGGAACCUUUCAUAUGUAUUGAAUGCAAAAACUAUGCCGAUGGCGUCACUGCCUCUGUGCUCAAUCAGGUCUUCAAGAGAAUCAAAAGCGGUGUCCAAUGCAGCAUGAUUUUUGUAUCCAAGCUCAAAGGGAAGGUCUUUUUGGGAUCCAGCUUGGCCAAAGUAAAGCAGGAUUGUUUCGCCGCAGAGCACGACAUGGAUUGUGUGACAGUGCUUUGUUGGGGAUCCGGCGCAGACGAUGAGCCCGGCUUUUUGAAGAUUGGAGAGGAUUUCAAAGCCAAAACUGAGAAAACCACUAAACUCCUGGUAGUCAUAUUUCAAGUGGAAUGUGUGACCUUGGGAUCCGCCCAUGAAUUGGACGUUUCCCGAAAGCGAAAAUGUCCUCCCUGUGCCAACUUUCCACUAAAGAGCAGUCAAGAGAGCAGUCAAGAGAGUGUUUCUAGUCAGGAGUAA